GGAAUUGUUCUAGCACAGAAAUAACAAGGGUUAAAAAAAAGAUAUUAUAUGAGGUGACUCUUGUAAUAAAAGGAAAAACACAUCUAUAUAUUAAAGGAUUCUGGGAUUUUAAGUUCUAUAGCUACAGUACACCUGUGCCUGGAAUGAUGAAAAGGUUCAUGCCAAAAUCUCCAUCUCAUACACUGCUUGCCUUUUGCUUCUGGUGCAUACACCUCUUGUGUUUGGUAGAGAGAUGCAAAGUUCAAGCUCGAACUAAUUUUACAGACCCAGAUGAAGAGAGGGCUCUUAAUGCCAUUUUCCAAUAUUGGGGUCUUUAUGAUACUUCUGGUGACUGGAACAUAAGUGGAGACCCAUGUACUGGGACUGCCGUCGAUUUAUCAAGAAUCAGCGACCUUGGGAUCAAAUGUGAUUGCCCAUCCAACGGUGGAGGCACCUGCCACGUAACCGAAAUGACUGUGUCAGAUGCUGGAAUAGAGGGUUCCCUGCCAUCAUUUAUCGGUAAAUUUAGGCGCCUGCGCUACCUGGACAUAAGCUACAAUAACUUCAAUGGUUCACUCCCACCUGAGAUAGGGACUUUGCCAAGUCUGGAGCACUUGCAUAUAAUGAGUGCUGGCUUCAAUGGUAUGCUCCCACCUGAGCUGGGGAGUCUGUCAAGGCUGCAACAACUGGAUAUAAGCUACAAUGACUUCAACGGUUUGCUCCCACCUGAGCUGGGGAAUUUGUCAAGUCUGCAAGAAUUGGAUAUAAGCUCCAAUGGCUUCAAUGGUUUGCUCCCACCUGAGCUGGGGAAUUUAUCAAGUCUGCAAAAACUAGACAUGAGUAGCAGCGGGCUAGGCGGCGAGAUUCCUUCGACAUUUGCUAACUUGAGAAACAUGAAGAUCUUGUCGGCAUCUGGUAGCCAAUUGACAAAGAUACCUAAUUUCAUUGGGAAUUGGAACCUUACCAAUUUGGAUGUGUCAAAUAAUUCCAUAACGGGUCCCUUGCCAGCAUUCAUUGCCAACAUAACGAGCAUGCUCACCUUGGAUGUCUCAGAAAAUUACAUGACGGGUCCCUUGCCAGCAUCUAUCGGCAAUUUAACGAACUUGACCUCCCUGAAUAUAGGCUCAAACAACUUCACUGGUUCGCUCCCACCUGAGCUGGGGAAUUUGACAAGUCUGCAAAAACUAUACAUUGAUAGCUGCGGGCUAAGCGGCCAGAUUCCUUCAACUUUUGUCCACUUGAGAAAAGUGAAUACCUUGUGGGCAUCUGAUAACAACUUCACAGGAAAGAUACCUGAUUUCAUUGGGAGUUGGGCUCUUACGUAUUUGAGUAUGCAAGGCAAUGCUUUCGAGGGUCCCAUACCAUCCAGUUUUUCUAAUUUGACCUCGCUGAACUAUUUGUGGCUUAGUGAUGUGUCUAAUGGGAGCCCGUCGUAUUUUAUUGAGAAUAUGACAUCUUUAUAUAUCUUAGUCCUAAGAAACAAUUCGCUUUCUGGUACUAUACCAUCCACCAUUGAAAAACAUCAAGCAUUGAGGCAGAUGGAUUUAAGCUUCAACAAUUUAAGUGGCACAAUUCCAGUUUCUCUUUUCAAUAUGAGUUCGCUUGUUUACCUGUUUCUUGGAAACAACAGCUUAUCCGGUAGAAUGCCAUCCCAAAAAAGGAAAACACUUCGUAACAUAGAUUUAUCAUACAAUCAAUUAUCAGGAAGCUUUCCAUCUUGGGUUACAGAACAAGGCUUAAACUUGAAUUUGGUGGCUAAUAAUUUCACAUUUGAUGGUUCUAACAACAGUGAUUUGCCUUUAAGCUUGAAUUGUCUUCAGCGAAGCUCUUCAUGCUAUCGAAACUCUCAAUACCAGUCUUCAUUCGCGAUCAGGUGUGGUGGACCCUCGAUGAAAAUUAACGACACAGAGUAUGAGGGGGACAAUGAUCCUCUGGGCCCAGCUUACUAUAUGGAGGCCAGCACAGGGAAGUGGGCCGUCAGCAAUGUAGGAAUAUUUUCUCGAAGCAGCAACAGAGAAGAUAACAUUUACGAAGGCAUCAGCAUCAACUAUAACUGGCAAACUGAUCAGGGUGUAUUUCCGAAUACAGCAGACUCGGAGCUAUUUCAACUCGCAAGGAUAUCACCAGGAUCGCUGAGAUAUUAUGGUCUGGGGCUUGAAAACGGGAACUACACUGUAAAUCUGAAAUUCGCAGUGACGGAUUUUCCAGAUUCAAAAACUGGGAAGAGCGUUGGAAGGCGCGUUUUCGAUAUUUAUCUUCAGGGCAAUCUGGCCUGGAAAGACUUCGAUAUAAAAAAAGAAGCAGGUAUUGCCUUCAAAGCCGGCAUUGAGAAGAAACAGUGGGUUAUGGUACAUGAACAUGUUCUCGAAAUUCAUCUUCUUUGGGCUGGAAAGGGGACUUGCUGUAUACCUUCCCCAGGCACUUACGGACCCGCCAUCUCGGCCAUCCUUGUUACUCCUAAUUUCAAACCGACUGUCAGGCCUCGACGAAAGAAGAACAAGAUUGCUUUGGCUGUUGAAAUUUUGGCUUCUGUUGUUCUGAGCAUUGUAUCUGUUUCUGUAUUUUUGAUUUGGAAAAGGAAUAAAAGGUUGAGUGUUGGUGAAGAUGAAGAGUUUCUAGGAAUGGGUCCCAAAGCAAACACUUUCCGUUACGGGGAACUGAAGACCGCCACCAAAGACUUCAGUCCGGCAAAUAAGCUGGGACAAGGAGGAUUUGGGCCCGUUUUUAAGGGCACAUUGCUAGAUGGGCAGACAGUGGCUGUGAAGCAACUUUCGGUGGCAUCUCACCAAGGAAAGAGUCAGCUUGUAGCAGAGAUUGCAACUAUAUCUGCCGUCCAACAUCGUAACCUCGUGAAGUUGCACGGAUGCUGCAUCGAGGGAGCAAAUCAGCUUCUUGUUUAUGAGUAUUUGGAAAACAAGAGCCUCGAUCAAGCACUCUUCGGAAAUAGUAACUUGCAUCUAGAUUGGCAUACCCGCUUUAAGAUAUGCUUGGGGACGGCAAGAGGUCUUGCUUACCUUCAUGAGGAAUCCAGGCCACGCAUUGUUCACAGGGAUAUCAAAGCCAGUAAUAUUCUACUUGAUGUGGAUCUCAAUCCAAAGAUAUCAGAUUUUGGUUUGGCCAAGCUCUACGAUGACAAGAUGACCCACAUGAGUACACGCGUGGCAGGGACAAUUGGCUAUCUUGCACCGGAGUACGCCAUGCGUGGACAUCUGACGGAGAAGGCUGACGUAUUUGGAUUUGGAGUCCUUACUCUGGAGAUUGUAAGUGGAAGGCCAAACACAUGCCAGAACGUGGAUCUGGAGAAAAUGUAUCUCCUUGAAUGGGCUUGGCAUCUCCAUGAAAACAACCGCCCAUUGGAACUGGUCGAUCCAAAAUUAUCCAACUUUGAUGAAGGAGAAGCAGCUCGGAUGAUCAGCAUUGCUCUUCUAUGCAUCCAGGCAUUGCCAUCGUUACGCCCACCCAUGUCACGGGUGGUGAACAUGCUGCUGGGAGAAAUUGAAGUGGGCGCCGUCUCAUCGAAGCCAAGCUACUUAACCGGUUUGCCAUCCGAUGAUACAGGCAGCUUCAUGGCUAGUGUAACCAUCACCAGCCAACAGUUCUCAUCUUGGUAUGAGAGCAGCUCAUCCCUGAGCGCCACUAAGCCAAUGCUGCAUGAGGACAUCGGAGAUGGACGGUGAUGACUGCUUCCGAUCUCUCCGUACAUGCUUAAACAUACAUGUAUCUAUAUACGACCAUACAUAUUUAGAUGCCAGGCAGUUUGGUUGUUGGUAUUAUAAGAAUUUUAUAACGUGGGGCUAAUUGAUCAACGGUUUGGAUCUUCCUAAAGAUUGGAUAUCUUGGUCAGGCAUUAUGCCUGGAGGACCUAUUAAAGUUGUGAUUAAACUAAAUUCAUGCAAGUGUGGUAUGCUUUAAUUGAGUUAGACAUUGUUGGAUCCUUUUUAA